AAACCCAAUCACAGUCAAAAGGGUUUGCCGAAUUUUCCCAAUUAUUUGGCGACGCAGAUCAUAUUGGUUAAAUCCAGCGAAGAAGAAGAAGACGAAAAAUAAUCAGAAGAAGAUGCUGAGGGUUGCAGCGAGGAGGCUAUCUUCUCUUUCUCCAUCGUCGCCUUGGAGGCUCAACCAGUCCGCCUCCGCCAUCGUCUCUCGUUAUUUAUCGUUCAACGGUAGUUAUUCCUCGUCUUCCAGUCACCCCCGAUCCGAUAUCUCCUACUCAUCUUUUUCCCUCCGACCCGACUUAUUCCAACUACCCUUCAAAGGUCCAGGUUUUGCUUCCGAGUCUCUUACCCCAACAAAGGAAAACAGCAUAGUUCCAGACAUUGCUGCAACUGUGGCAGCUGUUAAGAACCCUACUUCCAAGAUCCUUUAUGAUGAGUACAACCAUGAGCGUUACCCUCCAGGUGACCCCAGUAAGCGGGCAUUUGCCUAUUUUGUCCUGACCGGUGGUAGGUUUGUCUAUGCCUCAGUGAUUCGUCUCCUCAUCCUCAAGUUUGUGCUGAGCAUGUCAGCCAGUAAGGAUGUUCUUGCAAUGGCCUCGCUUGAGGUUGAUCUGUCCAGUAUUGAGCCGGGCUCUACUGUGACUGUUAAGUGGCGUGGAAAGCCAGUCUUCAUCAGGCGCCGAACUGAGGAUGAUAUAAAGCUGGCAAAUAGUGUUGAUGUUGGAUCUCUUCGAGACCCACAGCUGGACUCAGAGAGGGUUAAGAAUCCUGAAUGGCUCGUUGUUGUUGGAGUCUGCACACAUCUGGGUUGCAUUCCCUUGCCAAAUGCCGGUGACUUCGGUGGAUGGUUCUGCCCAUGCCAUGGAUCCCAUUAUGAUAUAUCUGGUAGGAUACGUAAGGGGCCAGCUCCAUACAAUUUGGAGGUACCGACUUACUCCUUUCUGGAAGAGAACAAGUUACUGGUUGGUUGAGAAUCAUGGCUUACUCUCUAGAAAACUACAAUUAUUUGUGAUCCCAGUUUUGUUUAAUUUGAGCAGAUAAUGCCAAAGAUUUGUUGCGGACAUCUUUGAAUUCAGCCCAUUUAUUCUUGGGCAAUAUCAGGAAUGAUUAUGUACUUGGAAACUGUUAACUGUCGUUGGUGUUUCUGAAUUUAAAUAAGUUGCCUGGCCUUUGCUGAGCUUGGAUGA